AUGCGGAUUCCGCAGUGCACCAACCGCCGCAUCGACAAGGCUGGAGAAUCGGUGUGCUUGGAGACUCCCAGACGAACUACACAAGCAUUUCCCAUUCCGUCGAGAGCACAAAACCGCUCUGACGGUGCUGCAGCCUACGGGGAUAAGGACGAACGCCAGGAAGGCGGAAUUGAACCGCUCCGACGCUAA